AUGGAGCUCUCCUGCACGCGCCUCUUUUUCUUGAUGCUGCUUGGUUUGUGGUGGCCAGGUUUGGCGUGGCAUCGGGUGGGAGCAGCUCAGGUUCGGGAGCACUACAUAGCCGCAGAGACUACCAGCUGGAGCUACAGACCCCAGUCCAAAGAACAGUCCAGAUUAGACAAUUCAGAGCCUGUGUUUAAGAAAAUUGCCUAUAGAGAGUAUGAAGCAGAUUUUCAGAAAGCAAAACCAAGAGAUACUUUCUCAGGACUUCUGGGACCAACUCUGCGUGCUGAAGUGGGAGACACUUUAGUAGUUCACUUUAAGAACAUGGCCAACAAACCGCUGAGCAUUCACCCACAGGGCAUAGCUUACAACAAACGGUCAGAAGGUUCCCUGUACGCUGACAGAACAUCUUCUUUUGAAAAACUGGAUGAUGCUGUGCCUCCAGGCCUGGUGUAUAAAUACACAUGGGAGAUCACUGCGGAAAUUGGGCCUAAAGAAGCCGACCCCCCCUGUCUCACCUAUAUCUAUUACUCACAUGAGAACGUGGUGAUGGACUUUAACUCCGGUCUGAUCGGAGCAUUGCUUCUAUGUAAAAAAGGAAGCCUGAAGGAAGAUGGGACACAGAAGCUGUUUGACAGAGAAUAUGUGUUGAUGUUUGCUGUGUUCAAUGAAAGUAAAAGCUGGAAAAAAUCAACCUCUCUCCUGUACACGAUUAAUGGUUACGCUAAUGGGACAUUACCAGACCUAGGAGCUUGCACAUACGAUAACAUUAGCUGGCAUUUGAUAGGAAUGAGCUCCAAACCAGAGAUUUUCUCCAUCCAUUUCAAUGGGCAAGUCCUGGAACAAAAUCGUCACAAGGUCUCGACCGUCAACCUUGUGGGAGGUGCAUCGACCACAGCAAACAUGACUGUGAGCCAGAAAGGAAGGUGGCUGAUAUCUUCUCUUGUCCAGAAGCAUCUGCAAGCUGGAAUGCACGGUUACCUCAACAUAAAAGAAUGUGCGAAGAAAGACGUAUUCAAUAAGAAAUUCUCCUUUAAGGAAGGGCGUAUUAAGGACUGGGAAUAUUUCAUUGCUGCGGAAGAAAUCACCUGGGAUUACGCUCCAGAAAUUCCAGAGACCAUUGAUAGGCAAUAUAAAGCUCAGUACUUGGACAACUUCUCAAAUCUCAUUGGGAAGAAGUAUAAAAAGGCCGUUUUCAGGCAGUAUGCAGAUGCCAAUUUCAAUAAGCGUCUGGAGACUCCCCGGCCCAAGGAAAUGGGAAUUCUGGGCCCUAUUAUCAGAGCUCAGGUUAGAGACAUAAUCAAGAUUGUGUUCAAAAAUAUGGCCAGUCGACCCUACAGCAUUUACCUCCAUGGAGUGACGCUUUCAAAGGAUGCAGAAGGAGCCACUGACCCCCUGGAUUCCACAGACAACAGCACUCUGAGUAAAGCCGUUCAACCAGGGGAAACCUACACGUAUAAAUGGAGGGUCAUGGACACCGAUCAGCCCACUGCACAGGAUGCCCAGUGUCUAACGAGAUUAUAUCACAGUGCUGUAGAUGUAACCAGGGAUAUAGCCUCCGGACUGAUUGGCCCACUUCUGAUUUGUAAAAGUGAAGCACUGGACAAGAGGGGUGUGCAGAAAAAGGCAGAUGUAGAGCAGCAGGCCGUGUUUGCCGUGUUUGAUGAAAACAAAAGUUGGUACUUAGAGGAUAACAUCAAGCAGUACUGCAGCAACCCCUCCAGCGUUAAAAGGGAUGAUCCCAAGUUCUACAGGUCUAACGUAAUGCACACAAUAAAUGGCUACAUGUCUGACAGCACUGAAAUCCUGGAAUUUCCCCAUGACAGAAUUGUACAGUGGCACAUCUCCAGUAUUGGCACCCAGGAUGAGGUAGUGUCCAUACACCUUUCUGGUCACACUUUUUUGGCUCAAGGGAAGUAUGAAGAUGUACUGAAUCUUUUUCCCAUGAGUGGAGAAUCAGUCACUGUAGAAAUGAACAACGUUGGUACGUGGCUUUUUGCAUCCUGGGGUUCCCCUGAGAUGAGCCAUGGCAUGAGGCUGAGGUUUAGAGAUGCCAAGUGUGAAAAAGAUGUAGAUUAUUCUGAUGAGGAUGGCCCAUAUGAUAUCAUAGAAUUCCCCUCUGAGAAGACUCAUCAAAAUAUGCCUGUCACCUCACCCCAAACUGGAGGAGAAACAGAAAAAAAACAGCAGUCUUCUGAUGAUUUUGAUUACCAAGAUUUUCUGGCCUCAAGUUUGGGACUUCGGACAUUUGGGAAGAAAUCAAUGGCCCAGGAGGAAAUGCAGAAUCUUACUGCUCUGGCCAUAGAUGAGAACUUUGGCACCAUCACUAAGAGUGCUGAUGUGUCUGCUGGCUCAGAUCCGCCAUUCAGUGAUACCUUGGACACUGAUGUGCUCUUGGAAACUCAAAGCACUGCUCUCCCAACCAAGGCUGGGUCCCUCCAUAAAAAUUACACAGCGGCAGCAGAACAGUCACUUCCAGUCACCACAACAGCAGUAAAUCCUGACUUGGCAUCUGAAGCUGGAAACCAAAGUGACUAUGAAGCAAAUCCGAGUCAGAUGUCAGGAAAUUAUGAGAAAACACUUGCAGGUGAACUACUGAGGAACAGGGAAGAAGCCCAAACAAAAGAUGCCGCAGAACUGUUACCUGACAGGGGGGACAGCAUGAAGUCCUUCUUUGCAACACUCUAUUCAGAGGAGCCGCAAGAGGAAAAUUCAGGAGGAGAAUACAAUUUCUCCAGUUCAGAUAUGUUAGGGACUGACCAAUUUCCAAAUGAAUAUGUUGAGGACCAGGAUGUGGAGGAGGUAGAGGAGGAGGAAACCAAGAAAGAAAAUGCUGAAUUUCCCAAACAUGCAGAUAACUUGACUUUUGCUGUGGGACACAGGGCAGAAAACAAUGAGUUAAACAUGUUCAAUCUCCCGGACUUAGAACUACCCAAAGAUAAACAAGAAAGAAAUUUUACUCUAGAUUAUGCAUCGGAUAUCUUAAUUUCUACUCGCAGCCCAGUGGUGGCAAAGGACAUGCUGGGAAAGCUGUCGCCAAGAGGUAUGAAGUCUCCAUCUAAAAUUAUGAAUGAGAAAAGGAAUUUGGCCUCUGGGAAGGAGAGUUAUGGGAUGGAGACAAAUUCAGCUCAGGCUACUGAUAAAUUACAGAAUCGUUCCAGAAAUGCUACAAUGCCUACAAGAGAGAGUGUGUCCCUGAAUAAGAAGAAGCAAGGAAAAUUCAAAGGCUACUCACAGUUUACAAAGGGUCAUUGGAAAGUAAGCAGCAAGCAUCCAAUGCUGAAAGGGGAAGAGAGAAAUGUGAAUGGCACCUUGAGUACAUCUGUGACUCUCAUCAAGACCCGAAGGAGGAAAAAGGAUAAUCAAAAGUAUAGUAGUCUCUCAUUGACACCCAGAGGUGUGAGACCCCCAAAGAUACCUGGAGAGCAAAACUGCACAUUAUUGUCCAGUGAGGCCAACCACACAGUGUCCCUUUGUGAGACCAACAAUACAGCAUUGCCCAGUGAGGCCAACCUCCCGGUUUUGCCAAGCAGGGCUAACUACACGCUGACCCCAAGACAAUUUAAGCCAGUCAUCAUAGGGCUUCCCAGUGGGAAUGGGGACUCCAAGGAGCAUGUUCCAGGAGGCUCUGACCGUUUGGAAAUUGCAGAUGACCAAUAUACAAGGGACCCCAGAUUCAACAUUAAUAAUGUCCGUAACCCUGAUGACAUUGCUGUGCAUCAUCUACACAACAGAGGGAACAUGAGAAGAUACUACAUUGCAGCCGAAGAGGUCUUCUGGGACUAUGCAAGACUAAAGAAAAGCACAAUGAGGAAUGACAGAACCAGCCAUGAUGGGGGCAACACCAUAUACAAAAAAGUGAUUUUCCGAAGCUAUGUGGAUAGUACCUUUACAACUCGGGAGCCUGAAGGGGAGUAUGAAGAACACCUGGGUAUCCUGGGUCCUGUUAUCAGGGCUGAGGUGGAUGAUGUCAUCCAAGUUCAUUUUAAAAAUCUGGCAUCCAGACCAUAUUCCCUCCAUUCUCAUGGGCUUUUCUAUGAGAAAUCCUCUGAGGGAAGCAGUUAUGAAGAUGAGUCUCCAGACUGGUUCAAAAAGGAUGAUGCAGUUCAGCCAAAUGACACCUAUACCUAUGUAUGGUUUGCAACCAAGCGGUCUGGACCUAUACAACCUGGAGCAGCCUGUAGGUCCUGGGCCUAUUACUCCAGUGUAAACCCGGAGAAAGAUAUUCACUCAGGCUUGAUUGGUCCAAUCUUGAUCUGUCGAAAGGGAACCCUCAGUACAAGUAACAGGCCAGUAGAUACCCGAGAGUUUGUCCUGCUUUUUAUGGUCUUUGAUGAAGAGAAAAGCUGGUACUUCAAUAAGCAUUCCAAAAGGACUUACAGUGAGAAGACCUCAGAAGUGCAAAAAUACCAUAAAUUCCAUGCCAUUAAUGGGAUCAUAUAUCACUUGCAAGGACUGAGGAUGUAUAAAGAUGAACUGGUCCGAUGGCACUUGUUGAAUAUGGGCGGGUCAAAAGAUAUUCACGUGGUUCACUUUCAUGGUCAGACCUUCACAGAAGUCCCUGGGCAUCAGCUUGGUGUCUAUCCUCUCCUUCCAGGCUCAUUUCGAACUAUUGAAAUGACACCACCAAAAGCUGGCAUGUGGCUUUUAGACACCGAAGUGGGGGAAUAUCAGCAAGCUGGAAUGCAGGCCUCCUUUAUCGUUGUAGAAAAAGAGUGCAAGUUACCAAUGGGCCUAAUGAAUGGACUUAUACUUGAUUCACAGAUCAGUGCUUCUCAUCACAUAAACUAUUGGGAGCCUAAAUUAGCUAGAUUAAACAACGCUGGAAAAUAUAAUGCUUGGAGCACUGACAUGGAGCAAAGUGAAUUUCCAUGGAUCCAGGUGGACCUGCAAAGGCAAGUUCUGAUCACAGGGAUACAGACGCAGGGAGCCAAGCAGUUGAUGAAGUCCUUGUAUGUCAAAGAGUUCUUUAUGACUUACAGCAAGGACAAACGGAAGUGGAUCACCUUCAUAGGAAACAGCACUGGGGGACAGAAGUUGUUUGAAGGUAAUUCAGAUGCCCAUGGGAUAAAAGACAACCAUAUUGAUCCACCUAUCAUUGCUAGGUAUAUUAGGGUUUAUCCAACUGACUCCUACUACAGGCCUACUCUUCGCAUGGAACUCCUGGGCUGCGAAGUCGAAGGUUGCUCUCUGCCACUGGGAAUGGAAAAUGGGGAGAUCAAGAAUGCUCAGAUUACAGCUUCUUCCUAUAAGAAAUCCUGGUAUAACUCAUGGGAGCCUUCCCUCGCGCGUCUCAAUCAGCAAGGGAGGAUAAAUGCCUGGCAAGCGAAGUCAAACAACCACCAGCAGUGGCUGCAGAUUGAUCUCCUCAAAGCGAAGAAGAUAACCGCUAUCACAACCCAGGGUUGCAAGUCCAUGUCUACGGAGCAGUUUGUGAAAACCUACGCCAUCCUUUACAGAGAUGAAGGCACAGAAUGGAAACCUUAUAUGGAUGACUCCACUUCAGUGGGAAAGGUAUUUGGGGGGAAUGAGAACAGCAGCGGACAGGUCAAGCAUUUCUUAAAUCCACCCAUAUUUUCCAGGUUCAUCCGCAUUGUUCCUAAAACCUGGAAUCGAAGCAUUGCUCUUCGGGUAGAACUCUUUGGUUGUGAUCCUUUCUAG